UGGCGAGUUAUUCACUGCUGAACACUGCAUAUUUUGAAGAUGGAGGAUUACGAGGCUAACCGUAAUGUUGUAAGGAAACCAUGUCGACAAUGUGGAAGGCAAUUUGUUCCGGAGUCUUUGGUCAAACAUGAACCGACUUGUAUAAAAGCAGCUCACAAGAGGAGAAAGGUUUUUGACUCGUCCAAACAGAGGUCUGAGGGGACAGAGGUAACACACAGGCAAAUAAAGCAGGCCCAGAAAAAGGAAGUGAAACCUCCUAAAAGUAAUUGGCGGGCCAAACAUGAAGAUUUUAUCAACACUGUCCGAUCUGCCCGGGGAGUCAGUUUAGCCAUGCAGAGAGGGGAGCCUCUUCCGCCACCCCCACCCCCAUCAAUCAAUCCGGAUUAUGUGCAAUGCCCAUACUGUUCCCGUCGUUUCAACGAGAAAGCUGCCGAACGCCAUAUUAAUUUCUGUAAGACCCAGCAGCAGAGAAUACCCAACAAACCAAAGGCAGAUCCCAGGGCUGCAGCGAAACAGAAUGUCAGGACACAGUACCAACCACCAAAACCGAAGACUAAAACAGAGAGUUCCCCUGGAUAUGGAGGGGCGGGGACCAGGGGAAGCCCUGGGGCUCCUGUGGGGAGAGGGAGAGGAGUGGGUGGAACCCCUCCGAGCGUGAGUGGCCGCCAGCCGAACUCCUACGCCAGGGGGCGUUCUACCACCACCACCACCAACACUUACCAGCAAACCACUCCAAGAAUUGAGCAAUAUUUCACGACAAAUCAAUCCACCAUACAAAAUCCAGAAUUUGAAAGUCAAACAUCACCCCAAAAGACAGUCAAAUUUUCUGCUUCGUUGCCUCCUAAAUAUCCCAGCAAAAGAGAAGAUUUAAUCAAUCAGACAAAUAUUCCUGACGAUUCGGGGAACACUUCGUCUCUGAUAAAUGAUAGCUCUAGCCUUGUCUGGGCAAAGCCGAUUGCUCACAAACGGACAUUAGAACCGCUAAGAAAUGGACAUGAUAUGGACAGUGACCAUGGCGAUGAUUCGUUGUUUGAUGGGAAUGGGCGUGCCCUUAGAACUGGCCGAGAUGGCCGCGCAUAUCAAGAGGCCCGGCGAGAAAUACAUUCGGCGGGCAUAAAAAACUCGUCGAAUAACCGCCUUAUGAGACGACACAAGUCUGCAGGCGCUAAUAAAGGCACCAGUUCUCCGGGCGUGAUUCAUUAUGGACUGAAGGAAUCCGAAUCCGGUUAUUACAGCAGUAGUUCAGACAAUGACCACAUCAAUUCAUAUACAAAUGUAAAUCAAGAGAGAAGGAAGAACUCUCUAGGAAAAGGAGGAGCGAAAUUUUGUCAUGAAUGCGGAACAAAGUAUCCGUUAUCGGAGGCCAAGUUUUGUUGUGAGUGUGGUGUGAAAAGAAUGGCCCUCACGUAGUAGAUAUAGGUAAUGUGUGGAUCUAUGUAAUCAGAAUGUUUCCAGGGUCACUCAGCUGCCAUGUGUUAUUUAUAGCUUGAAUGUAUUUCAGAAGUAUGUACUAGAUAAAAAUUGAAAUAUAUGCAUGUACAAUGUACAUGUACAUUUGACAAACAUUAUUUUUUUGUGCAAGACAUUGUAUACUGGAAUAAGUUUCCACCAUUCAUAAAUUUGAUAGUAAUUAGAGAUAGAUAUUCAACUAUACAUGUGUAUGUGUGCUGUGUAAUGAAACCGUAUUUUUUUUAAAAAUACAGAACACUGCAGGGUAGAUAAGGUUAUAAUCUAUCCUCCCUUCUUUCUCUCGUUACGUCAUUGUUGUUUACGGGCCAAUUCAAAAGGAACACACUGUGCCUACUGUGGAAUAAUUUAAAUUCGUGGAGGCCAAUUUUCGAGGACUGGAAAUUUUAAUUUUUCGUUGGGUUGUAAUUCCGUGGAUAUUGUUUCUGUACAUUGAAGAAUUGUGUAACUUGUUUUUUGUUGUGGUACUAAAAUUCGUGCCCACGGAAUCUUCGAAAAUUGAACUCUUCCCUCCCCCGAAAUCUAACAAUUGCACAGAAUAUCUCUCUAACUCCACAUAUAAGAUGCGGGGAGGUUUAAAGGAAAUUAAAUAAAUGAAAAGAAACGAAAUAAAUUCCCAGUAUACGAUAGUCAUGCUACAAGUAUUAUACAUCUCGUUGUUUAAUGUUAUCUUAAGUAGCUAUCAGACGUACAUGUAUAGUCAUUCUUUUAUAACGUAGAUUCAUCAGUUUUCGUGGAUUUGUCAAUAAAUACAGAUUUGUCGAAGUCUAAUUUCGUGGGUAGGUGCUCCGUGGUUUUUUAUUUAUUUAUUUUUUGUAUUGGGUUGAAUUUUGUGAUCUGACACAACCAUGAAAUUAAUUGUUAUUCAAUGAAAAUGAGGAAUCCACAUAUUAUAAAUAAUUUGCUUGGACAUUAUACAUUAAAAUAUCAUUUUGAAGUUGUUCUAUGCCCGUGUAUAUGUACAUUACAGAUACCGUGAAUGAUGUUCAGUGAUAUUUUCUUUCUGUUUCUUGUUUUAGAAGGUUAAGAUUGUUACUUAUAUUUUCGUAACAUGUUGUAUACAUAGUGAGGUUGUAUGAUUCGUUAAUUUACCAGUUCAAUUUUUUUCAUGUUACAAUGUGCUUUAGCUUAUCCGUCCAAACUUUCAAUGCUGUCGUAAUAGUACUUUGUGAAUGUAAAUGCCGUGAGGACUUUAAGGUAUUUUUGUGUUAUACAAUUAAUUGUAUUCACCUUGUCCAGAUGAGGAACUAUAAUUCACUUGAAUAACUUCUUUAGAAUGUUUUUCCCGAUGUAUUUCUGUUACUGUAAGUGGACCACAUAGAAAGUAUGAAUGGUCCUCAAUCCUCGCCAUUUGUGACGAGAGAGGCUCGUCAUUUCGAUGAUGUUAAUGUGAUCAGGCUGACACGAUUUCCUACUUCGCUCUGUCAUUGUAAGGCCCCGUUUGAUAGUCUAAUUCUGUUGGAUAUGUAUUGUUCGAUUAUUGAGUUACAGGGGUGUUUGGUAUUAAUUAUUCUUCCACCUCUUAAAAAAGAAGACAGAUAAAAUGUAUGUUUCACUUGACCUGUCUGGUCGGACUGUUAGUACAUGAAUUUAUAUGGGUUUUUUUUUUAUCGGUUUGUUCCUUUUUUCCAGACUGAAACACAGAUUUAGACUUGUUCAGUUUGUAAUAUGUCGCACUAAUGUAUUAAAAUGAGAAAGCUGUUCUUCAGGUACAUCCGGAUUGCAUGUUGAAGCCACAGAUCAUUAAGUUUUACGGUUUUAGGCUUGAAUAUCACAUUUUCUAGGAAUUUACAGCAACAUUAAUGUUGGACCAAUUCACGUUACUUUGUACUUAUUUAUUGUCUACAUCAGCUUCAUUUAUUUUAAGAAUUUAUUUUUUCUGUAUGGUUCACUUCACUUUCCAGCUGUAGAUACAAGAUUGAUAUUACGGUAGGGUUGUUCAUGUAUCAAAAGCCAAUAAAUAUGCACGUUUAAA